CACUUCGUUUAGUUCAUUGUCUUCGAAGACAACCCAAAAAUUCAGACUUUACAAACUGAAAGAGCACAACAAAGUGAGGCAGUUUUGUCUUUGAGUGGGUAUUGAGCAAAGGCUCCUCCUUUUUCUUCAUUCAAUAAAUUGAUGGUGGUUAAUUCACUCAACCCUUGUUGAAGCAGAGAACGUAUUGGGAGAGCUUUUCAGCAGGGAAAGAUUUGGUCUUUGAAUCAAUCAGUUUCUCUUUUCAAGAAACCAGUGUUUCAGCAUCUCAUAGGAGUUUGCAGGGCCUCGGUAUUUUAAAUCGUUUUCAUGAGUAGCGUUGGGUUCGCACGAUCAAGCUGAGAGACAAAUUCAAGCAAUCUUAUGACUGAUAUUAAGGACUCAUAGACAGGUCCAAUACAAACCAUGGAACCUGGACGGGAAGAACUUCAUCCUUCAUCCCUGCAAUAUCUGCCGAACUCUCUGAGCAGCAUGCAUUCUGAUAUGAGGUCUCAGAAUCUUAAUACGUCAGAAAUAAAACCGGUACAUAAUUAUUCCAUAACUGGUGAGGAGUUUUCUCUUGAAUUUAUGCUUGAUCGAGUGAACCCCAGGAAGCCUUUGCACCCAAAUGCUGUGGGUGACCCAAGUUGUGUUACUGACUAUGUUGAACUAAAGGGCAUGUUACCAAUCAGUCACAGAGGUUUUGAAAGUGGUUCAGAUGCGUCAAUGGUUGCUAUAUCUGAAAGAGGUCCAAGCCAGUUUGAUAGAAACAGCUCAUCUUUACAUGAUGACAGAAAUAACUAUGCUUCAAUUCAAUCAGUACAGCGAGCUGCACCUGGCUUUGGAAGUAGUCGUGUUCUUGGAUAUGCCUUAUCUGGAGCCUCUGAUAGCUCAUCAAUGAGAAUGAAGGUUCUUUGUAGCUUUGGUGGUAAAAUUUUACCCCGACCAAGUGAUGGGAAGCUCAGAUAUGUGGGAGGUGAUACACGCAUCAUCCGUAUUAGAAAGGACAUUACCUGGCAGGAGCUUAUACAUAAAGCCUUGUCAAUUUAUAACCAAUUGCAUGUUAUUAAAUAUCAGCUUCCAGGAGAGGAGCUUGAUGCCUUGGUUUCUGUAUCUUGUGAUGAGGAUCUGCAGAACAUGAUGGAGGAAUGGUGUGAACUAGAAGAUAAAGAGGGGCCACACAAGCUUAGGAUGUUCUUUUUCUCCAUCAGUGAUUUGGAGGAUCAGUUUGGUCUGCACACUGUGGAUGGUGACUCUGAGGUUCAAUAUGUUGUUGCUGUCAAUGGCAUGGACCUUGGAUCAAGAAAAAACUCCACCCUACAUGGUUUGACAAGCACAUUAGCUAAUCAAUUGGAUGAGACAAACAGACACAAUAUUCAGAAAGGAACAAGUAAUGUCGGGAAAGAUUCAGCAGGCGUAGGUGCUCCAGUUUUGACUGGAAAAAUCAUUUCAGCAACAAUUGCUCAACCAUCUGAACCUAUGCUGCAGAACUCUGUACAUGCCUUUGAAGCUUAUCCUCAUUUUCAGCAUGGACAGGUUAUGCAUUAUGGACAAAAUGUGCAGUACCCAUUGCAGAAUGGCCAUGCCUUUUCAAGUCAAUCCCAUUAUGGAGAUCUUCCUACUUCAGCGGCUCAUCAUGGGAUUCAUGGCAUUAUGAAUCAAGGAGGAGGUUCAAAUGAAGAGCAGUCCUGUGGUUUGAGAGAGCGUAGUUUCGAGAUGCCAGUGAAGGAGGUACAACCAUUACGUGAAAGUUCUGUACAGCAAGAAAGUGACCCUGAAAAACUUCGCCCCUCAAGAAAAGAGCAAUCUGCCCCCAAACCGCUGUAUGAUGGUAAUCUGAUGAACUAUUCUCCUGUUGAAGAAGCAUCAAAAGAUGAAAGGAAGUACCAAGAUCCUGAAAAUGUUGCUUCAUCAAUCGAUUCCGGGAUGCUGGUUAACAAUCCUUGUGAAAUUGAUCAUCAGUCCACAUCUAACAAUGCAUUUGCACCUACCUAUGCUGACCCAAUGUCCAAUGGAAUGGAUUUGGGGUACCUUGAGCCGCCUGUGCAGCCUCAGAGAAUCUACUACUCAGAAAGAAUUCCAAGGGAGCAGGCAGAGUUGCUGAAUAGAUCAUCAAAAUCUGAUGAUUCACAUGGUCCUCCGUUUCUCAUAUCUCAUUCACGCUCUGAUGUCACUCACCAGGAUUCAAUUGCAGCAGUUAAAAAGUUGCAUGAUCAUGCAAACCUUCCUCCCCGGACUGAACAACAAUCCUCCUCAACUGCAUUUGUGGAUGCUCAAUCGGUUGAUGAUGGACUUGCCCAACUUCAGAAGUACAAAGAGUAUGCUGAUUCAAUUUGUGAGAUGAAUGCUAAGCUUUUGCAAGAUGCAGACGGGGAAUUAAAGCCAGCAUUGUCAAACCCUGUUAAUACUAAAGAGACUGCAAACAGGGACAAGAAACUUGUGGUUGAUGACAUUGCAGAAGCUGUAUCAGAGUGUCCACCUGUAAGUCAGAUACCUUCUAUGAAGCACCAUGAGGUUUCUGCAUCUAAUGAUGAGUCUACCGGCAAGGAUCCAAAUACUGCUGACAAUAGGGGUCAUGCACAAGUUGGUAUAUCAACUCCGGUGCAGGGAGACAUAAUUAUCGACAUCGAAGAACGAUUUCCUCGUGAUUUCCUUUCUGAUAUAUUUUCCAAGGCAAUACUUUCUGAAGGCAUCCCUGAUGUUGGUUUACUGCAGACGGAUGGAGCUGGUUUGAGCUUAAACAUGGAAAAUCAUGAUCCUAAGCACUGGUCAUAUUUCCAAAAGCUAGCUCAAGAUCAACGUGAUGUUUCUCUUAUGGACCAGGAUCUUGAUUUUCCUUCUGCAAUUAGAAAUGUUGAAGAAGAAGAUAAUAAGUCUUAUCAUCGUACACCUUUACCCACAGAUGGAGUUCCAGUGGCCCAUAUGAAUUCUCAGCCUAAUUUUGCAGAAGAUAUUAGCAGACAAACUGGAUUGGCUGAAGCUAAUUAUGAUCAUCCACAACUGAAGGAAACUGAAAGUAUGAAGUUUGAGGCCAUGAUGGAAAACCUAAGGGUGCCAGAGUCUGAUUAUGAGGAAGGAAAGUUUGCAAGUAGAACUGCUGGUUUACCUCCGUUAAAUCCUCCAUUGGGAGAUUUCGAUAUCAGUACUUUGCAGUUGAUAAAGAAUGAAGAUCUAGAACAGAUGAAGGAAUUGGGUUCUGGCACCUUUGGGACUGUGUAUCAUGGAAAAUGGAGGGGGAGUGAUGUUGCCAUUAAAAGACUAAAUAAGAGCUGCUUCACUGGGAGAUCCUCAGAGCAAGAGAGACUGUCUGUAGAGUUCUGGCGGGAAGCUGACAUUCUAUCAAAGCUUCACCAUCCAAAUGUUGUGGCAUUUUAUGGUGUAGUGCAAGAUGGGCCAGGGGGAACACUAGCUACUGUAACUGAGUACAUGGUUGAUGGUUCUCUUAGGCAUGUCUUGCUUCGAAAAGAUAGAUAUCUUGAUCGUCGCAAGCGAUUGAUUAUUGCCAUGGAUGCAGCAUUUGGAAUGGAAUAUUUGCACUCAAAGAAUAUUGUGCAUUUUGACCUGAAGUGUGACAACUUGCUUGUGAACUUAAAAGAUCCUCAACGUCCAAUUUGCAAGGUUGGUGACUUUGGCCUUUCAAAAAUCAAGCGAAAUACACUGGUUUCUGGUGGUGUACGGGGAACAUUACCAUGGAUGGCCCCAGAAUUGUUGAAUGGAAGCAGCAGUAAGGUCUCUGAAAAAGUGGAUAUUUUCUCCUUUGGCAUUGUCCUAUGGGAGAUUCUUACUGGGGAGGAGCCGUAUGCCAACAUGCACUAUGGAGCGAUUAUAGGAGGUAUUGUAAACAACACAUUGAGACCCACCAUUCCAAGUUACUGUGAUCCAGAAUGGAGAACACUUAUGGAGCAGUGUUGGGCUCCUAAUCCUGCUGCCAGGCCAUCGUUCACAGAAAUUGCUAGUUGCUUACGAGCUAUGACUAGAGCAGCUAGCCAAACCAAAGCACAGGGUCACAAGGCAUCCAAAUGAUAAUUGACGGUUGAUUGCGUCACUUUUUGCAUGAGUUGUUGAUUUGGUACAUUUAUUCAUUCAAUUAUUGACUCAUAGUAGUGUGCACUGCAUCAUAUCUGGAGCACAGGUACAUGGUUUCCACUAUUUACGGAAUGCAAGAGGCUCCUUUGUUGUUUUCAUUCAUUUUUCGUUCUGCAGAAAUUACAAUUUGUUGCUGAAUGUUUUUGGCUACCAAAAGAAAUUGCAUACUCGCUGUU